AUGAAGGUCCAGUCCCUCGCUCGGCUCUCACAGACCGCAGUAUAUCCUAGACUGGACAUUCGUCACGCGUUUGCCAUUACGCUCCACGCGUUAUGGCGGAACCACGGCAGCAAGCUACGUCUAGGGCUGGCCAUCAGCGGCGGCGUGGAUUCAAUGGCUCUGGCGAGCUUAUGCAGAGAGGCGAUUGAUUCCAGCUCGAGGUCGGCGUGGACAGACAAGUACUCCGCCACGCCACCAGGCUUUACAGCGUUCAUCGUCAACCACAAGCUACGCUCGGACAGUGCACACGAGGCUCAAAAGGUUUCCUCCGAACUCUCCAGGUUAGGCAUCGAGUCACGAAUAUUGGACCUGGACUGGAAGGCAUACGGUGACCCACAACGAGUCAACAACAUGGAAUCCAUAGCCCGUAAGCUACGCUACCGGGCGCUCGGUCACGCGUGUCACGAGCAAAGAAUCGACACGCUCCUUCUAGGACAUCACCGUGAUGACCAGGCGGAGACGGUGAUGAUGAGGAUGCUUGCGGGCUACCGUGGAUCAGGACUUCGCGGCAUCAAAUUCGAAGCGGCGAUUCCGGAAUGCGCUGGCUUGUAUGGCGUAGACCAUUCCGGUGAUGCUGAGCUCGGCGAGACGAGGACUCAAGCGCCAAACCCCGUUGAAGAAGGUGGCGUAAGGAUUGCUCGGCCUCUGCUGGCGUUCGACAAGGAGCAGCUCGUCUCCAUCUGCCAACAGAACGGUGUGCGCUGGUUCGAGGACCGUACGAACACGGAUGUGACGGUGACCAUGCGGAAUACUAUUCGCUCCCUGCUCAGCUCAGAUGCCCUACCUAGGGCGCUUAAUAAGAGCAGACUCCUGGCAUUGGCCGAGAAUAAAGCUAGCGAACGCGACGCUCUCGAGGAAACCGCAACAAAUAUGUUUGAUGCAAUGGACAUCAAACUAGACAUCAGCGCCGGAGAAGCUACUUUCACGUUGUCCGCCGAGCCGAUAUCGAUGAUGGGAAGAAUUGAGCAGGCCGCGCUGCUUCGCAAGAUCAUCAACCUGGUGACUCCGGCUCGAGAAGUGCCUCUGAUGAGCCUGGAUCGCGCUAUUGAGUAUGCGUUUGGGUUCGAUCUGGAGACCUCACCACACGCAGUUCAAGUGGCCGGGGUCGACAUCCAGAGAGUGCCUAACCGCAGCGCCGCUGUUUAUCGGACUGUUACCCUUUGCCGUCGUCUGCCGACGAGUAAAGAGAAAGAGACACUGCAGCUUACACUCUGUCCGCCUGUUCAUCUUGGAAAUGAAGAGCAACCAGCUUCUUGGACACAAUGGCAACUCUGGGAUGGCAGAUACUGGCUCCGCGUCCACCCUGCAGCAUCUCCGUCGGCGGCAACACAGGGCUGCACAGUUCGAGUACGGUUUCUCGACAAGGCGGAUAUCGCGGACCUUCGCAAGUCCCUUGUCUCUGGCGACGGCAACCGGUUCGACAAUGCCUUGCAUCUAGUCAAAGGCAACAAGCGCUUCACCUGUCCAGCGCUGGUCGUGACGAGGAGUUCUGAUAACACAGAAAAAGUGGUCGCGCUGCCGUUCUUGGGCUGGUCGGCCGAUGGCUGGAGCCAGAACGACUGGGACGAGCACCCUGACCACUGGACUUGGGAUGUUAGGUACAAGCACGUGGACCUACCGAAAUCUCAAGACACGGGCUGA